UUGGUUGCGCGGUACUAGCGGUGCCCGCCGGAGGGGGAGGAGGCGGAGGCGCGAGCCGCGCGGCCGGAGCGGGAAAGCGCCGCCCGUCGGCGUCGGCUCGGACCCCGCGCGCCGGCCACGGGAGAAGAUGGAGGAGGAGGCGGGCGGCGCGGCGGGAGAGCAGCUCCUCACGGUCAAGCACGAGCUGCGCACGGCUAAUUUAACAGGACAUGCAGAGAAGGUGGGGAUUGAAAAUUUUGAGCUCCUGAAGGUCCUUGGAACUGGAGCUUACGGAAAAGUGUUUCUGGUCCGUAAAAUAAGCGGCCACGACGCCGGAAAGCUCUAUGCUAUGAAAGUCCUGAAGAAGGCGACCAUCAUCCAAAAGGCCAAAACCACGGAGCACACCCGGACGGAGCGGCAGGUCCUGGAGCACAUCCGGCAGUCCCCGUUCCUGGUGACGCUGCACUACGCCUUCCAGACGGAAACCAAGCUCCAUCUCAUCCUAGAUUAUAUAAAUGGUGGAGAACUUUUUACGCAUCUUUCUCAGAGAGAGCGUUUCGCGGAGGACGAGGCGCAGAUCUACGUGGGAGAGACGGUGCUGGCCUUGGAGCACCUGCACAAGUUGGGGAUUAUAUACCGUGACAUUAAGCUUGAGAAUAUUCUCCUCGAUUCUAAUGGCCAUGUGGUGCUGACCGAUUUUGGUCUGAGUAAGGAGUUUGUAGCCGAUGAAGCUGAAAGAGCAUAUUCCUUUUGUGGAACAAUUGAAUACAUGGCCCCAGAUAUUGUCAAAGGCGGAGACUCGGGACACGACAAGGCUGUUGACUGGUGGAGCUUGGGUGUCCUAACGUAUGAAUUACUCACGGGGGCCUCUCCUUUCACUGUUGAUGGAGAGAAGAAUUCCCAGGCUGAGAUAUCUAGGAGAAUAUUGAAAAGUGAGCCUCCGUACCCCCAAGAAAUGAGUGCUGUAGCUAAGGACUUAAUCCAACGCCUGCUGAUGAAAGAUCCCAAGAAAAGAUUGGGAUGUGGACCCCGUGAUGCUGAUGAAAUCAAAGAGCAUCUCUUUUUUCAGAAAAUAAACUGGGACGAUUUAGCUGCCAAGAAAGUGCCCGCCCCUUUCAAGCCAGUCAUCCGGGAUGAGCUGGACGUGAGUAACUUUGCGGAGGAGUUCACAGAGAUGGACCCCACCUACUCACCCGCGGCGCUGCCCCAGAGCUCCGAGAGGCUCUUCCAGGGCUAUUCCUUCGUGGCCCCUUCGAUCCUCUUCAAGCGGAAUGCGGCGGUCAUUGACCCACUGCAGUUUCAUAUGGGUGUGGAGCGUCCCGGCGCUACAAACGUGGCCAGAAGCGCAAUGAUGAAGGACUCCCCAUUCUACCAACACUAUGACCUCGACCUGAAGGACAAACCUUUGGGAGAAGGAAGUUUUUCAAUUUGUCGGAAGUGUGUGCACAAAAAAAGUAACCAAGCCUUCGCGGUCAAGAUCAUCAGCAAAAGGAUGGAGGCCAACACACAGAAGGAAAUCACGGCUCUGAAGCUCUGUGAAGGCCACCCCAAUAUCGUGAAACUGCACGAAGUGUUUCAUGACCAGCUUCACACAUUCCUCGUGAUGGAGCUUCUGAAUGGCGGGGAGCUGUUUGAACGCAUCAAGAAGAAGAAGCACUUCAGUGAGACGGAGGCCAGCUACAUCAUGCGGAAGCUCGUCUCCGCCGUGAGCCACAUGCAUGACGUCGGCGUGGUGCACCGGGACCUGAAGCCCGAGAAUUUACUGUUCACGGAUGAGAACGACAAUCUAGAGAUCAAAGUGAUUGAUUUCGGGUUUGCACGCUUGAAGCCCCCGGACAACCAGCCCCUGAAGACGCCCUGCUUCACGCUGCACUACGCCGCCCCGGAGCUCUUCAACCACAGUGGCUACGACGAGUCCUGUGACCUCUGGAGCUUGGGGGUCAUCCUGUAUACCAUGUUGUCGGGACAGGUCCCAUUCCAGUCUCAGGAUAAAAGUUUGACAUGUACCAGCGCAGUGGAGAUCAUGAAGAAAAUUAAAAAGGGAGAUUUUUCCUUUGAAGGAGAAGCCUGGAAGAAUGUUUCCCAAGAGGCUAAAGAUUUGAUCCAAGGGCUGCUCACGGUCGACCCAAAUAAGAGGCUUAAAAUGUCCGGUCUGAGAUACAACGAAUGGCUUCAAGAUGGCAGCCAGCUGUCAUCGAACCCUCUGAUGACGCCGGACAUCCUGGGGUCCUCGGGCGCAGCCGUGCACACCUGCGUGAAAGCCACCUUCCACGCCUUCAACAAGUAUAAGCGAGAGGGCUUCUGCCUCCAGAACGUGGACAAGGCCCCUCUGGCCAAGAGGAGGAAGAUGAAGAAGACCAGCACGAGCACGGAGACACGCAGCAGCUCCAGCGAGAGCUCCCACUCCUCGUCCUCACACUCGCACGGCAAGACCACCCCCACCAAGGCUCUGCAGCCCGGCGGAGCAGCCGACAGUGCGAGCACGGACGCCCUCUUCCAGUUCUCGGACUGACCGGCCCGCUGUGGG